AUGACUUUACCCACCGGGAACACAGCCAGCAACAAACACACAACCUCAGAUUCUGCAGAUAAAGCAUUCGGAUACGUAUACGAGUUGAAAAUCUCCGAAGAACUUGCCACGUAUGAGAAAAGGAUAAAUGAAAGGAUGGAUAGAAUCACCCGCGGACAGCUCCUGCGAAUCUUCGUUUUUGAUACUGCGCGUGAAUUUGAAAUGCCAAUGAGAAACGUGACGAUGGAGGUGCUCAAAUUUAGGGGUUUACCUUACCUCACAUCUGAAUUUGUUGAUGAGGAUUACUUUGUGAAGGAUGCUUUGGGAAGGAGGAGGAAGAGCGAGCCAAUUGAAAUCACGAGGGAGGCAACAAUGGUUCGUCAACGUGUUCGUAGGAAUAGUUGGUCUCCGAUGUCGAAAUUAGAGGCUGCGAGACCAAGUAUUUUGGAAAAUAAGAAGAUAACACAUCGUGAGCCAUUGAGAGACCCGAUUGAUCCAGCAAAACUAGGUAAAUCGUUCCGCAGAAGAACGUGGACGGAGAUGUCACGUUCUGAGGCGGGGCGACGGGAAGAUGUGGAAAAGCGAAGGGAGAUUGAACGUCGCUGUAGCGGGAUAUGGGCACUACUUCCGACUUUCAGAUCUUCCGGAGAAGAAGCGGCAGCGAUGAAGGAUACCGUUGAGAGCGCGCCGAUUACUUGUUGGGGGUUGUUACGAAAAGCGAAAAUGGAGAUUCCAGACAUCUUUGAAGGCGGUCAAAUUAGUUCCGCCAAUAUAAUUGGUCGUGCAGAUAGAGUUUGA